UCAUUUCGGUAAAUUUAAGUCUAUGUUAAAAAAAAAAAAAGUGUAAAAAAACUGCGGUUUCAUUUGUCUUAUAAAAAGAUAUUUGGACUUAUCGAGUUAUCCCCCAUUCGGCCACCACCCUCUAAUCAUUCACAUAAUCACAUUUACUUACUCCUAAGUCUGCAUAUUUUUUACAGCAAAAAUGAAGAACUCAAACUCAAACUCAAAGCCUCAUGCUAUAAUAGUACCACUUCCACUACAAGGCCAUGUAAUCCCAUUCGUACAACUAGCAAUCAAGCUAGCCUCCAAAGGCUUCUCCAUCACCUUCAUCAACACCGAUCACAUCCACCAACAAAUUACUCUCUCCAACACCGCCACCGCUUCAAAAGGCGGCGGUGGCGAUCUUUUUGUCGAGGCCCGUAACUCAUCGGGCCUCGACAUCGAGUACAUGACCGUCUCAGACGGGUUACCCUUGGAGUUCGACCGGUCGUUGAACCAUGACCAGUGGGUUGGGGCUAAUAUCCAUACCUUCCCAGCUCACUUGGAGGUGGCUAUGGCUAAAAUCGUACGAUCUCGACCGUUGGUCCCUUGUUGCUUUGUUGCUGAUAGUUACUUUGUUUGGGCGUCCAAGUUGGCUAGCAAGUUUGGAUUGGUUCAUGUGUCGUUUUGGAGUGAGCCAGCUAUGGUGCUUGAUAUCUAUUUUCGUCGUCACUUGCUUCAGGAACAUGGGCAUAUUGGUCCCGGAUCAAGUGGGCGCAAGGAUACCAUAGACUACAUACCAGGAAUAAGUUCACUUAAACGAUCAGAUUUGACAUCAUACCUUCAAGAAGAAGACUUGACAACUAUGCAUCCUCAAUACAACUUAGCAUCAUUAGACGACACUAAACGGGCUCAUCUUAUACUCGGUAAUACAGUCCAAGAGCUAGAGGCCCAUACCAUUUCAGCCAUUCAAGCCCAUGUACCAUUUUAUGCUAUUGGGCCUCUAUUUUCACCUGGGUUUACCAAAAGCCCAAUAGCUACUAGCCUAUGGACAGAGUCAGAUUGCACCCUUUGGUUAGAUACCAAACCUCCUAGCUCAGUUUUGUAUGUUUCUUUUGGAAGCUAUGCACAUCUUAGGAAGGAGGAGCUUGAGGAGAUAGCUAAUGGAAUCAAGCUUAGUGGGGUGAACUUCCUUUGGGUUAUACGGCCCGAUAUGGUGAGUUCCGAUGAUACGGAUCCACUUCCAGACGGGUUUAGAGACGAGGUUAGUGAUCGUGGAAUGGUUGUGACAUGGACUUGUCAGAAAGAGGUGUUAUCUCAUCGUGCAAUAGGAGGGUUUGUAACGCAUUGUGGUUGGAACUCAGCACUAGAAAGUAUAUGGUGUGACGUUCCGUUGUUGUGUUUCCCGUUGUUGACCGAUCAAUUUACCAACCGUAAACUAAUGGUGGAUGAUUGGAAGAUCGGGUGCAACCUCUGCGAGGAGAAGCCCGUGACAAAGGCGGAGAUACAGCGAAAAAUAAAGGAUUUAAUGAGUGGAUCCAUGGGGUAUGAGCUCCGUAAUAGGAUCAAGGGGAUCAAGCAAGUAUUACAAGAUGCAAUGAUGAUAGAAGGAUCUUCAGAGAAUAAUGUUGAUGACUUCAUUAAGGAACUCAAUAUAGCUAUUCAGAAGAAAUCUUGUUAAAGUUAUGUACCUUCAAAUUAUACACCAAUUUAAUUUUUUUUCUAGUUUUCUUCAUUUUUGGCCAAAGUAUUUCUUUUUCAUGUCUAAUAUACGAGGAAAUUAUAGCCCGUUACCUGA